CUUUAAAAAAAGAAAAGGCUGACGCGUUCAGUUUUCCGAGAGACUUGCGGGAGACCCACACUACUGCACAUUACAGUGUCUGAGCAUAAGGUGCCGCUGGCUGCAGUCGAGCCAGUCUGCUCCCUGACAGAACUGGAGGGCUGUAUCCACGCUGCCUGACCACAGCACUAGAAAUACGCAGGAUCAGGAGAAACCUUGAAGUAUUGGAGAAGUGUCACAGAGGAGGGGGGAGAGAGAGAGAGAGAGAGAGCUGUCUGCACAGUGCAAUUAGCAGAGACACCUCGGUUAGCUUCCAAACAAAACAGGAGAAGGCUGAGCUAGCGUGGGGAAACGAGAGAGAGAGAGAGAGAGAGUGGGAGGGAGCGAUUGUGGGAGAGAAAGCGAGGACGAGAGCCCUGAGUGAGGAAUCGGAGCCCUGCCGCACUCGGGCUCCAUCUCCCUGGGAGACAGCACUGCCCUGGCCGAAGCAUGCAAGAUCAGCAGUAAGCGGCGCCGACUUCACGGAGCACUCCAGGAGCACAGGAGGAGAGCGCUGGCUCACAGGGAUGCCCAGCGUCCCCAGGAACCGCUGACUGUGGCACUGAGGUGAAGGCAGCCAGGCUGAUCGCCAGCCAGCUGAAAACCAGCCGAGGCGACCACCGGGGAGGAGGGGAGCUUUUGAAUUGUUUUGCCUACCGGAGGAUGAAGAAACAUUCUGCCAGAGUGGCUCCUCUCAGCUCCUACAACGCCUCUGUCCUGACCUGCCCUGUCUCCGAAGGAGAGGAAGGAUCAGAGUCUCAUGCAGACACACCGGGCAGCGGGGACAGUGAGACACCCUCACAAUGCCAGUCCUGCACCAGCACGGCCCUCAGGGUGCUGGGAGGGCUGCUGUUGGUGCUGUCAGUGUCCUCCUCCUGGGUGGGCACAACUCAGGUGGUCAAGCUCACCUUCCAGUCCUUCUCCUGCCCCUUCUUCAUGACCUGGUUCAGUACCAACUGGAACAUCCUCUUCUUCCCCAUCUACUAUUCCGGACACCUGGUCACUGCACGCCAGAAGCAGACCCCCAUCCAGAAAUUCAGGGAGUGCAGCCGCAUUUUUGGAGAGGAUGGCUUAACCCUGAAGCUAUUCCUGAAGCGUACAGCUCCCUUCUCCAUCCUGUGGACACUCACCAACUACCUGUACCUGCUGGCCCUGCGCAAGCUCACUGCCACUGACGUCUCCGCUCUCUACUGCUGCCACAAGGCCUUUGUCUUCCUGCUGUCCUGGAUUGUCCUCAAGGACCGGUUCAUGGGGGUGCGGAUAGUGGCUGCUAUCAUGGCAAUCACAGGCAUUGUGAUGAUGGCAUAUGCAGAUGGGUUCCAUGGCGAUUCCAUCAUAGGCGUCGCCUUUGCUGUUGGCUCCGCCUCUACAUCAGCUCUCUAUAAGGUGCUGUUCAAGAUGUUCGUGGGCAGUGCCAACCUAGGCGAGGCUGCGCACUUCUUCUCCACUUUGGGAUUCUUCAACCUCAUCUUCAUCUCCUGCACGCCCGUCAUCCUCUUCUUCACCAAGGUGGAGCACUGGGGGUCGCUGUCGGCCCUGCCCUGGGGCUAUCUGUGUGGCGUAGCUGGGCUCUGGCUGGCGUUCAACAUCCUGGUGAAUGUGGGACUGGUCCUCACCUACCCCAUCCUCAUUUCCAUCGGGACCCUGCUCAGCGUACCAGGGAACGCAGCGGUGGAUGUGCUGAAGCACGAGGUGAUCUUCAGUGUGGUGCGCCUGGCCGCCACCUCCAUCAUCUGCCUGGGCUUCCUGCUGCUGCUGCUGCCCGAGGAGUGGGACUCCGUCACGCUGCGCUUCCUCGCCACCUUCGCCGAGAAGAAGGGCGAGGAGCACGGGGAGGAGCUGACCGAGUCCAGCGUGCACACCCGCAGCCGCAGCCGCGCCAACGGCGCCGUCUCCAUCCCGCUGGCAUGACCCCCGACCCCCGACCCCCGACCCCCGACCCCGCAUGCCCCGGGCGCAUCGCUGCCUGCCCCGCCAGGCGUGCACGCUCUCUGCCUCUGCCCGGCGCAGGGGAGAGGGAACGGGACUCUUCUGUUCGGCGCCGCACGGGAGGCGGCUCCACUUGUUAAUGUCCAGAACCGGAACGAAACAACAACAAAAAACCUUGCUUGGCUCCAACAAAAUCUAAGUUCCCUUGAAUAUGUUUUUAAGCACUGAGUAAGCCGCAAUAGCUGUCUUGAAGGGAACGACACGAGCCUGUGGGCUGUUUACUUGGAAGGAAAGGAGAUUUUCGCCAUUCUUUCGCCUCCUUUUCCUGCCUUCUCCUCCCCCAAUCCCAGCAUCCCCUCCCAGCACCAGGGACUGUAUUCUGUGAAUAUAAACAUUGGCAGGGCCGGUAUGGCCCUAUCUUACCUGUAUUUACGCAUUCAGAAACUAUAUCUAUAGGGAACAGAGACAGUUUAAACUUUAUUUAGUAUUAUUAUAUACAGGAAUGGGUGUAAAAUACAUUAUGCUGAAUAAAGAUUUUCUUUUCUUUUUUUAAUAAAAGGAAAAUGAUCCUCAGUAUUUUGUUUUC